AAAUGGGCACUAACGCCGGGUCAAGGACUAAACGAGCGCCGAUGCAUCAGUCGGGAUGUUCUCGGCCUGUACGGCUGCAUCGUAACGUACGCCGUCUACACAUGCACCUCGACUGAUACAGACCCGCUCCGACAUGACAUGGUGAUGCAAGCCCUGGCACGAUGCUGCGCUGAGCACCAUAUGCUUGCAGCUGCCAUCGUCGACUUCGAGAUGGAGGCACCACAGUUCGCCAAUCCACAGCGGAUGGAUCUGAAGGACCACGUACGUAUGCUACAAUCUACUGAAAGCCGAGAUCACGGAGGGGAUGAUUUCUGUGGCUUUCUUGAAGCAAUCCACAACGACUCGCUUUACGAAAACGGUGUUGUUCGUCAACCGUGGCGUCUCUACAUCCAACCUUUUAGCACGGUGUCUCCGAGCUCCGUUAAGCGUUUUGGCGUGGCUUUCGCUUGCUCGCAUGCCCUCGCGGAUGGCGCGUCGGCGAUCAUGUUCCACACAAGCUUCCUCAAGGCGCUUCGCCAUACUGGUGACCAGGGACUCGAUGCAAAGCCUCUUUGGGACCCUAUCCCCGCCCUGAACGUUCCGCCGCCACUCGAACGUGCAGCCUCUCUGAGCAUUUCGUGGUUGUUCUUCUUGAAAGCGGUCAGUAGCAGCAUCUUGCCGCGGACUGUAGCACAGGCGCUCGGCGCCUCUUCUGCAGGGACCGGCAAUAUAUGGACGGGCUCUCCGCAAAGACCUGGACGGCCGAGCCUGCCACAACUGUUACGUACUACUCUAUGUGUGCGACAGAUCUGUGGGGUCGUGGUCGGCGAAGCUCUUGCAGCCUGCCGCAAGCGCAAGGUCCGGCUCACGGGCCUCCUCACCGUGCUGACAUGUCGUGCACUUUGCGCAGCACUGCGCUUACGAGGGCAACAAUACUCACGGUUCGCAGUUGAGACCGCACUCGAUCUUCGAAGGUGUGUGCCUCAAGCUCAGAAUCGCAUGGGCAACAUCGUCUCAGCAGUCAACGAUACCAUUGCCGUCUCUUCUUCCCGUACUAUAACUCAGGAGGAGUGGACACAAGCGCAGCACCUCACCGCACGCCUGAGCGAGGCUUCGAGCACGCUUGCUGACCAGCCUGUGGCGCUGUUGAAGUACUUGAGCAACAUCCGAGACUGGGUCGUCGAACGCGCCUCCAAGCCUUCCGACCUCUCCUUUGGGAUUAGCAAUGUCGGCGCUUUCGACGGCGGUAAUGAUGGUUCAAGUGCAGAUAUGCCGUCGUGGACAGUAGAUGACAUGGUAUUCUCGCAAUCUGCUGACGGCACGGGCCCACCUUUCAAUCUCAAUGUUGCCAGCACUAAAGGCGGGUCAUUGAACCUUGUAGCAACGUGGUGGCCUGGCAUGCUCGGAGUGAAGGGCGAAAGCGAAUUCAUGGAUGCCGUACUUGACAGCCUCGAAGUGCAAAUGCGAGAGCUCUCUUAA